UCCACCAGCCAUUUCUACCAGAUACCGACUCAACUGACUCCGAUCAACAAAAACCAAAAAAGAAAUUGCAAGAAUCUGAUACAGAUUCAGCAGAAGAAUCAUUACUAAAUGGUAAUCUCAUUCCAGUUGAGAAUAUUAAGCAAGAACCCACUACAGAUGAUGAAAAAAACAAAAACUCCACUAACAAGAAAAAAAAUUUGUAAAAAAAAAUCAGGUACACAUAUAAAAUAAGCUACAUCUACAUUACCGUCAUGUGAACUUAUUUUCGCUUUGCACGCUAACAUUGUCCAAACCUAAAAUUACGUUUUAAACCUACAAUGCUGUUGCAAGAUUCACUGUAGCUUACAAUGAAUUUACAAUAAGCUUCUGUGAACUCUACAACAUCAUAUUAACAUUUUAAACAACAGCAAAAUCAUUGCUCAGUAUUAAAGUAGCACCACAUGACGGUACAUGACGAUAAAUUUUAAACUACAUAUCAAUGUAACUAUGUACCUAAAAACUAAUUACUUUCUAGACAAUAACGAAAAAGAAGAGCAAAAAAGAAUUGGAAAAAGAUACAGCUGAUGAAAAGUUCUCUAAAGUAGUUGAAUCAAUUCUAAACAAAAGUAAAGAAAAACAGGAGAAUUCUAUGCUAUGUACAUCUGCAAAUACUGAAGCUACAUCAAAGAAGAUCAAUGAGAAAAAAAUGAACAAAAAACUGAUAAAGGAAGACGUAAUCUCAAUUUCAUCAACAACGGGAGAAAGUGGAUCUGAUGAAGACAUAAUUGUCACUAAAAGUAAAACUCAAAGGAAAAAAAAGAAGAAAACAUCAAAGAAACAUCAGAAAUCAUCAUCAGAUGAUUCAACUGAUUCAGAUGAUUCAGAUGAUUCUACUGAUGAAUCAGUGACAACAAAUACAAAAUCAAGAUCUUCAAAAAAUGCAAAAAUUGUAAAGAAAGAUUCGUCUAAUGGAAUUCAAAAAAUAAUAACAAGUAAAGGAGAAAAAUCAAAAGAGACAAAAAGAACACAAUUAGUAUCAGAAUCAGAUACUGAUACAGAUGAUUCUGAUGAUACAAGUACGGAAAAUGAAAAAAUAAAGCAUAAAUCACUUACAAAAAAGGACAAACCAACGUCUGAAAAAGAUGAAAUGAAGAAAACUAACAAGAAGAGAAAGAGACCUCAAGCCCCUUCUUCUUCAUCAUCUUCAGCAGAUGAAAGUAGUAACUCAGAUGAAUCAGAAAAAAUGACAAAGAAACAAUCAAAAAAGAAGGUAAAAUUACUUCACUUACUUUAUCUACAUAAAUAACAUGAAUAACAUUGUUUGUUUUACAUAUAGAUUCAUAAAAAAAAACAAGAAAUCACAAUCAUCAACUUCUGAAAGUGAUAGCAGUACAAACAGUACCUCAACAGAUGAUAAUAAAGAAGAUAACAACAAGAACAAGGUACAAUUAUAUUUUACUAUACCGUAAAAUGGAGAAACUUUAGCUCACCACGGUAACUUAGCCCACAGCUUAAAAACGCUCAUACAAUGCAACAGGAUUCACUGUAGCUUACUGUGAACCAUGCAGUAAGCUACAGUGAACUCUUCAGUAAGCUACAGUGAACCCUGCAGCACCUUAUUAGCAUUUUAAAAACAAUUUUAAGCCAUAGGCAAAGAUACCCCAAUGAGUCAAAGUUACCACAAGUAACAAUAGCUUUCUGUUCCAAUUAAUGCUAUUGUUUACAAUAUAAGUCUCUAACUACUUAUCACUAAUUAUUUACAGAAAAACAAAGAUGAUUUUGAAGAACUGAACAGUUACACCAAACUUACAUGUAGAGACCUUAAACUUAAAAGACCAUAUAAAUUAAUGGAUAUUAAAUGGUCAAAAGAAGCUGGAAGAAAUGGACCAUAUAAAAUCUGUACAGCAAAG